CUUCAUCUAUACCGCAAGAAACGAUCCACUACUCGCCAACGCCCAUGGACUCUUCCAAGAGAGUCCUACCGAACCGCCCCAAAAUGUGCUAGAAUUGACCUUGACCAUUCUAGGAAUGUCCCUCAACUUCAUAGUAAGAAACCCAAUCCCCGCCCCUCGAAGACGAGCACAACCUAACAAGUGCCCAUCACCAUCAUCUAGAUUCGCUACAUCAUCGGCAACCUCGUAAUGUCCCUCCUCAUCCUCGAGACCAUCGAUAGCAACCCUCCCAACCCCAAUAAGGACAAGGACAAGGACGACAACACGAAAUCACAACCAAAGCCUACUACCACCACCCGCAACCUUCUCCAAACCCUCACCACCCUCCACCGCGAAAAAGGACUUAUAUCCCUCAUCAACGGCUUCCAUUACACCAUCUACUACAACCUGAGAUACUUCAUAGUAACAGGUAUGCUCACAUCGCCUAUCGCACGCUUCCCUGAGCCUCUCACACACAUCAUCGCCUCCGUCGCUCUCGCCGAAUUCCAUUUCUUCCGGACAGCAGGAGCUAUCCUCCCUCCGGCUGAGCAGAUGCGCUACGUGCCUCUUGGUCUCGAUUAUUAUCGGUGGAAUGCUCUUCUCCUGCCGACGCUACUUUAUGCCAUUGCUGAGUCGAUCAUGAUGUAUGUGCCGGGAUUACUUCUUGCUCCGGUUCGAUUCGAUGGUGUGCUGCUGCAGCCGGAGGACUUGACGGAUGUGACUUCCCUCGUGAGAUCUGAUGUUCUUGUCGCGGGACUUAUGCUCGUUGCUCAGGUUCUGGUUUUGUUCCCGGCGUAUGUUGUGCUUGUUGUGGUGGAGGGGAGCUUGGUGCCGGGGGAUUGUGAGACGUUGAUAUCUAUGCCGGAGGAGGAGGGUGAGAAGAUCGGGGAUGGUGAUGACCAGAUAGUGUUGUGGAAGGAGGAGGAGGAGGAUGAGGAGUACCCAAAGCAGCAAGGCAGGCUCAUCAAAGACCUCUUCAGGUUACCAGGACCGUUGCAUGUGCUUGAUGUGGUGGAGAUGAUUAGUGUGAGACAGUUGCUGUAUUGCUUGGAGUUGCAUGGGAAGAUGUGUUUGUGUGUGGUGGGGGUUGCUACGGUGGUGCAGUCGGUGGAGUAUUUGGUGUCGUAGGGUUGAUUCUGCUAGUCCGGGUUGUCUUUGACCUAUCUAGUUGAUGUUGGCAAGUUCUGGUGUUGGGUUGCUUUUUGACAUUGAAUUCGCGAACAACACGCCCUUUUUCCCCAGAUGUGAGAGACGUCAAAGACACGGCAGUAUUACGAUCUCGUGAGGGGGGCAAGAGGGUACAAAAAGAAGGAGAGUGGUUGAGGGUAGACACAUUGCUGAUAGAUGGUAUUAUGCAGUAGAAUAGGAAUGCAGCAGGGAAUUUCUUUC